AUGGGCCGCGGUUACGGUAAGGAGCAGUCAGUGACAGACUAUCGUAUGGGCCGUGGUUACGGUAAGGAGCAGUCAGUGAGCUGGCAACGACUCGGAGCAUUCUUUGCCGGUGUGGUUCAACAUGCACGUCCACUGCCACCUUUAAAUCCACUGGAAUGCGCGAUUGCACUACAUAUUGUCGACGAUAUUGAAGAUGAAGUCAGUCGCACAUUGACUGACGAGCAGAAGGCCAUCAUACGCGGAUGGUUUGCAAACAUAAAAAUGCGCCAUCUGCGCGAUUUUGCACCGGAUACCCCUUAUUCGACGACGAAUGCGAUUACUGUUUUGCUUGAUCCGCUGCGGACUCGCUUAUGGAAUGUUCCGCCUAACGCAUCACAACUUCCGCAAGUCAAUGAUGAGGAUCGCAUUGAAUCACUAAUCGGUUUGUAA